GAGGCUGCUGCUACUGUGACUACUGAUAAUACGCCUGUUAUCACCACUGAGGAGGCGGCUGCUACUGUGACUACUGAUAAUACGCCUGUUAUCACCACUGAGGAGGAGGCGGCUGCUGCUACUGUGACUACUGAUAAUACGCCUGUUAUCACCACUGAGGAGGCGGCUGCUGCUACUGUGACUACUGAUAAUACGCCUGUUAUCACCACUGAGGAGGCGGCUGCUGCUGCUACUGUGACUACUGAUAAUACGCCUGUUAUCACCACUGAGGAGGAGGCGGCUGCUACUGUGACUACUGAUAAUACGCCUGUUAUCACCACUGAGGAGGAGGCUGCUGCUACUGUGACUACUGAUAAUACGCCUGUUAUCACCAUUGAGGAGGCGGCUGCUGCUACUGUGACUACUGAUAAUACGCCUGUUAUCACCCCGGAGGAGGAGGCGGCUACUACUGUGACUACUGAUAAUACGCCUGUUAUCACCACUGAGCAGGAGGCGGCUGCUACUGUGACUACUGAUAAUACGCCUGUUAUCACCACUGAGGAGGAGGCUGCUGCUACUGUGACUACUGAUAAUACGCCUGUUAUCACCAUUGAGGAGGCGGCUGCUGCUACUGUGACUACUGAUAAUACGCCUGUUAUCACCACUGAGGAGGAGGCUGCUGCUACUGUGACUACUGAUAAUACGCCU